AUGGACUUUUUGGGUAUUAUCAGGUUUGAAACUCUCAACGGCACCAAGGUACGUGUUGGCACAGAGAGUCAAAUAGACGAAAAAAAAGCAGUUUCAGAUACUUGUCUGACCAUUCGCGUCUUCACCACGGAGGUGUUGAAAUUUGGGCGAGGACGAGGUUGCGACGUUCGAAUUGAGAAUCCGGCUGUUUCUCUUCACCACCUAACAAUCUGGUCGGUUCAGUUUGACCCGACAACCCCGCCUGUGCUUUACGUUAACGACAAUUCCCGCAAUGGAGUGGUUUUCAACGGCCAGGAGAUGCAGAGAGGAGAAACAAGAAUGGUGAAAGAUGGCGACGAAUUGGAAAUCAAGACGGCUGCUUUGCUCACCUACGAGGCCCUCUCGCUAGAUCCGAUCACUCCAUCUUACACUCACCACAAUACGGAUGCAACGGUUGGCAAGUGGCAGAUUACACCAAUCAAGAUUGGAUGCGGCUCUUUUGGCUCCGUGUAUGUUGCAAGAUUGAGCGGCUCGCUCAAAUCCUUUGCGGUGAAAGUUCUACACCCAAAAAUCCCCGAUUUGACCUUGUCGAAUUCACGCUCAAACCGAGAGUACAAUCUUUUGAAUGGGAUCAAACAUGUACGUAGCACAACUUCAAUUGCCACAACGGUGACAUGA